CAUACUUUCGUGCCUCCAGCCGUCUUUCUCAUUAACGCUAUUCAACUAAUUCUCUUGGGAAAGUACUGUGUCAGCAUUGGCCGAGAUUCCAAACCUGACUUUGCCAAUAAGUCGUUCAAGGUACCCAUAAUCAGGAACACCGAUUCAAGAUGGGCUGGUUUGAUGGAAAAUCUUCAUCAUCGUCUUCCCACCGCUCUCAUUCCCGCCGACCCUCUUCCCCCUCACGACGGUCCACUUAUUCAACCCAUCAUCCUCGUCACUCCGCUCCGUCGAUUUUCAGUCUGAAUGGCGGUGGUAGUCGCGUCGGACGAACCAGCCCGUCCGUGCUCUCUUCGUCCUCAUCGCGGCGCGCACGGCCCCGAUCAGGCUUCGUGCAGCGGGUGGUCCGCUACAUCAAACGCUUGCUCCGUGACAUCUACGACUAUGCACGUCGGAACCCGGUGAAGGUUCUCAUGCUAGUUGUCAUACCGCUCCUUACCAGCGGUGUGCUGCAGAAGUUGCUCGCCAUGAUUGGCAUCCGACUACCAAAGGGGCUUUUUGGCGGGAAUUCAUCGAAACCCAGCGGCAACAGCAUGUCAGACAACAUCAAGGGGCUCAUGAACAUUGCGAAAAUGCUGAUGUAGCUGUUGGGGCAUUCCGUCUUUGGCCUCUGUAUUCCAGCGCCUCUGCACUUCCAUGCAUGGAUGGCAAUAUCAGCGGGAAUUGGUCAGAAAAGAUAGAUACGAUACGACCAUGAUACGAUGAUGACGAUACGACACAAACUUGACCUGAUGCUUCUAGGUUAUGAUGUCCGUUGGCGGUUGCAGGUAUUUCCGAAGGGUUAUGUUCCUGAUACG